AUGAAUGGAAGUAUCAACGCUUCCAACUGGACAUCUGCUUCUGGGCAAUGCCCCCGAGAUACCAGGACAUCUCAUGUUGUAUUUCCAAUUUUGUACAGCAUUCUUUUCCUUUUGGGAUUUCUACUGAACAGCGUGGCUGUAGUUGCUUUCUUCCAGAUUCCAACCACUUCAAGUUUCAUUGUGUAUCUUAAGAACACCGUGGUCUCCGAUUCCAUCAUGACUCUCAUGCUGCCUUUCAAGAUUCUAACAGACUCAGAAAUGGGGUUCUGGCAACUUAAAGCAUUUGUUUGCCGUUUUUCAGCGGUAAUAUUUUACCAGACCAUGUAUAUAAGCAUUGUGCUGCUUGGACUUAUUUCCUUAGAUAGGUUUCUCAAGAUCAUUCAGCCGUUUGGGAAAUUCUGGUUGCACAAGAUCACUUCAGCUAAAGUGGUUUCAUGGUCUGUUUGGCUCUUCUUCUUUGUCCUCUCCUUGCCCAAUGUGAUCUUGACAGACCGUGAGGCUACAUCUCUCCCAGUGAGGAAGUGUGCUUCAUUGAAAAGUGACUUGGGACUGAAAUGGCAUGAAGCUGUUAAUUACAUCUGUCAAAUCGUCUUCUAUACUGUGCUGAUUUUGAUGCUUCUGUUUUAUGUAAUUAUUGCUAAAAAGAUUUAUAGCUCUUAUAAAAGAACCAAGAUAGCAGAGUGUAAAAUUAAACAAAGAGCCAAAAGCAAGGUGUUUAUAAUUGUAGCAGUUUUUUUCAUCUGUUUCGCCCCUUAUCAUUUUGUUCGGGUACCUUAUACUCUUAGCCAAAGUGGCCAGAGUAUGAGCUGUACUAAACAGAAUCAAUUAUUCAUAGCCAAAGAAAGUACUCUCUGGUUAGCUACUGCAAAUAUAUGUAUGGAUCCAUUAAUAUAUGUGUUCUUAUGCCGGAAAUUUAUAGAAAAAGCCUUUUGUUCUAAAUUACAAAAAUCCAGGUAUACAAUUCAAGAAAGUACAACCCUGGCAUUGGAUACUGGAAUAUCUACAUAGAUGUUAUAUUUUCAGUAAAUAAGUGUAGGAAACUGUUUUUAAAUGCCAAUUGCAGGUUAUUAAUAGAAAAUAACUAAAUAACAUUCCUCUAUGCUUGGCUAAUACAUCAUUGUAUCUCAAUUACUUGGGUUGUGUAUUUUCUUAUGUGGGAAAAUAGAAUUAUGAUGUUAUCUGCAGGUAUUUCAGAAGGAAGAUCACACAGCUAUUAUCACAGUACAUUUGUUUGAUAAUUGUUUUCUUAAACUGAAAAAUAGAGACAAGCUUUGUUUAGUGCCAUAUUUUGCUCUACAACAGAAUACAGAUCUGUACUCCAAAGCUUUGGCUUUAGACCAAGGGUGUCAAACUCAAUUUCAUUGAGGGCCGCAUCAGGGUCGUGUUUGACUUCAGGGAGCAGAUUGGUGUGGCUAGGGUAGGAAUGGCCAGCUCGACGUCACUUGUGUCAGGGGCACCUCUGGUGACCCGACUGCUCUGCCAG